AUUCGUUUGCUCACUCACUCACAUUCCACUCCAUCUACUAAUCUCACUCACAAUCUUUCUACGCAGAUCCACUGAGAACGACUCUGUUCUGCAGCUUCAAUGGCUGCUUCUAAGCUCAUAUCAUAACUCACUCUUCCUUUCUACCUCCGUGAUUCUUUCGUCCCGCUCCGUCUCCCCGCUUCAUCAACUCCCGGCCUCCGUUGGUGACAUUGAUAACAUAACAUAACCCACUUCUUUCUCACUCAUCAUAGCCCCAGUUCCAAUUCUAGUUCCAGUUCAUUCCCCCUGCAGACAUCAUUAGUCCUAUUCUGUAACUAAACAUCACCUUCUCUUUUCAUACCUACUCUCGAUCUCUCUCUCUAUCUUCCUGCAUACCUUUCUCUGCCGUGUCUAGCCCCGAUCAGUCAAAGUUCCGCAUCCCGGGCCCUCUUCCGGCCUUCGACAUCCGGUUCUAUCAUUCUCGGACCCCCCUCUUACCGACUCGAGCCCCCCUACCCAUCCCAUCCUAUCCCCUCUGCUUAUCAGAUCCUGGGGAUCGUGGGCUCACACUGUACCUACUGUGCCAAGACGCAAGUCACUAGUAAAAGAAACAAAAGAAACACCCCCAAAACAAGCCAUGGCGCGUUUUGUGGAUUUGGAGGAGGACGAGGAUGUUGGAGCGGGCCCUGGCGGCUUUACCGUCAACGAUCCUCGUGCCGCUUCUGCACCUCAUCAUGAGGUCGUGCCGCCUAUUCCGCCUCCUGGUCCUUUUCAUCAUGACGACCCCCAGCAGAGUGAGCUUUCUCAAAAAGAUCAGCAUCUUCUUCUUCUUAGGAAACUCCAGUUGUUGUCUGCCAACAGCCGGAAUGGACCUUGGCCUCAUUCUUUGUAUAACCCAGAGCCACUAGGCACCAUGGACUCUUCUACCUUUCAGGCGCCUAUUACCAACGCCUUUCAGUGUUAUCCGUGAGUGCGAUCCGUUGCUCAAUCAAUUUUCUGUCCAAUUUCGUUGAGUGAUUCGUGGUCGAAGCUGUUGACCUUCAUCAUGAUAUCUGGUGCUUCGUUUAAUACCGAAUUCGACAUGUCAUGACAACUCCCACUAACCCUCCAAAUAGUGUUGUCGAAGCCAUUGCAGCUUCCAUCGACCUUAAUACCCUCGAUGCUCUUUCGCGUACCUGUCGACUCAUUCAUCAUGGCCUCAUUCAGUACCGUACUACUCUGAUCAACUCUACCCUCCACUGCCAAAACGAAGAAGUCCCCGUUGAUGGCUCCGAAACCUUUCGCUACCGCGCUCGCGCUGGUAAUUGGUUCUACAUGGAAGACGGGCGCAGUUACAAUGGAAAAUCAGGCGACUGCGCUCGCGAUAUGGUUGGCAAGUGCCGUCGAUGCGGCGAUGUGAUAUGCCGGAACUGCGCCAUCAAGCCACCAGCUUCCGUCGCCCUCAAGGAGAGGCACAGGAGACUCUGCAAACCUUGUGUUCACGCACCUAUAGCCACUCUUAUCAAGGCGCCAGUAGAUUCAGAUGUACCACUGUCAUCUGAGUUGGUGUCGCGAGACGUUUGUAAGUGCGCCGACGAGGGCGUUUGGCUAUGCCAACCAUGUGGGCGAAGCAUUCGUGCCGCAGAUCAUGACUAUCAGCGUAUAUGGCGCUGGCGAAACCAGUACGGUGAGGUCCUCGGCGGUCUUGGAACAGGCAUUGGCGAGGGCGUUCGUGGCGUCGUAUGUGGCCGCGAAGAAGAUUGCUGUGCCGCCAAAGAAGUCGAGCAUCAGGUAGAUUGCGACGCCGAGGACGCCCGGGACGGCAAUGUGGCUCCGACUCCGGCUCCGCAACAAGCUCCGGUUGACGCACUCAUCGACCAGCUCCGUCUUACACAUGAGCGCACACCAUCGCCGUCCCUUGGCCCUGGAUACCUUCGUCAUGAGAUCGAGGGUAUUGGUGGUGUUGUGAAGCGCAAACGUGUUCGCAUGGUGCGUGUUGGACAUUGUGUCCCUGAGUGGGAUGAUGAGCGCACCAGCGGUAGUCGUAUCCUCGGCCGAGAGGUUAGAGGAGAACGUCGUUCGUGGUGCGGUUGGUGUAACCGUGUGAUUCCUGGUGAAAAGGAUCUCUUGAAUGAGCCACCGUCUUCCUCGUCUUCAAGUGCUGGAGGAAGCCGCCGCACAUCGAUGUCGACUACUAGAUCGACUGAGAUGAAGUUGGAUUAAAACAAAAGUUGCUUCGUAUAGUUUUUAUUGGUUGGUUUUACGAAUGUUCGUAUAUAGGUGUAUCGACCUCUUGGAUUAGCUUUAAUUGCUUGCUAUCUGGGAACAAGGGGUACAUAUGGGACACAAUUGGAGAAUUGCUGGGCAUUGAAUGUCAUAAACUCAACGGGCAUACGCCAUUCAUGAUACACGAGAUAGGGAGACAAGGGUCAAAAAUACAAGAGGCCGUUGUAUUCGAGGGGUUUUUGGUAUUUGGCAAUUAUACAGAUUUUUGCCCUCUCGUUGGGCCGGAAUCAAUGCUAUUCGCAUUUCACUUUAUUCUCCAU